AUGGCGGAGAGCUUGGAGACGGGGAGGGAGGAGUACACCAAGGACGGCUCAGUGGAUCUGCGCGGAAAUCCAGCUCGCAGAUCCAAGAGCGGGGGAUGGACUGCCUGUUCUUUCGUCGUAGGUAGGUGACUCACUGAAUCGGCCGACUUCUCCCUCCUCCCCCCCUGACCCAAAAUCUUAACUGGGAUUUGAUUCCCAUCAGGUCUUGUUCGGGAGAGGAAACCUCUCUCUCUCUCUCUCUCUCUCUCUCUCUCUCUCUCUCUCUGUCGCUCUCUGUGUGUCUCUCUGUAUGUUGGGAUCUGCCGGUGUGGUUCUGCCGUGGCUUCUUCUCUUCCUUGUUAUCGCAAUUCAAACAGAGAAAGGAUCUGAUCCAUGCUCAAACAGAGUUGCCUCUUGUCUUCAUACCAGCGUCCUACAGAAACGAGGGCUCGGCCGCUGGAAUCUCCUUCAUUCUCCACCCUCAAUCUGUCUCACGGACUGUACGAAGUUCUUACCUUCACAGUCUCCCCCGACUCUUCCAUCUCACUUCAUCGUUUGGCCGAAUCUUUUCCGGUUUCCAUCUCCGACAGUAAAGACAUUUUUUUGUCGUCUUCCUCGACUAUUCUAGUCUCCAUGUGACGGAUAUGUUAUCGGGGGAGGCAUCUCUCUCUCUCUCUCUCUCUCUUUCUCUCUCUCUCUCAGGAGAGACUCGUCGUGAGCAGGUCUCACUGAGAAGCAUCGUCUUCCUGGGGAGGCCAGGAACCCCGAGGACCGGCCUCUCUCGGAUCGUUCAUUUUCCAGAGCAAACUCUCAUGGAAAUUACUUCCACCCUCCCUCUGCCGUGUUUCUGCAAAGCAUUGAUGUCGCGCCCGGAAGCUACGCAGAGACCGCGUAGCUCGCACUUACGGAGAAGCCCACCGCCUGACGAAGAACAGCAUUUAUAACUCGUGACGUCCUUCUGGUGCAGUGUAUGAGGUGUUCGAGAGAAUGGCCUACUACGGGGUCUCGACCAACCUCGUCAUCUACCUCAGCACGAAGCUCCACAUGGGCACCGUCUCCUCCUCCAACAACGUCACCAACUGGGUCGGCACCGUCUGGAUGACUCCCAUCCUUGGCGCUUACGUUGCAGACGCCCACCUCGGCCGCUACUGGACCUUCGUCUUCUCCUCCGUCAUCUACCUCUCGGUAAAUUUCCUUCCUUCCCCGAUAAUUCGCUCCUCUCUCUCUCUCUCUCUCGUCUGGUCUACUUAAUGGAGAGACUGUGAGGUUAUUUACAGUAAGGGGACCAUUCACCGAUGAUUCGCGCGGAAAAGAGAAUGGAAUCACCGCACAGGUCCUCGGGUGAAAGGAGACUGUAGAAGAAUCGAGCCACCGUGUAGAGGGGGAGAGAGAGGGAGAGAGGGAGAGUGAGAGAGCUUUCGGCCCAGCCCCCGAAGGUGGCCCUGGUCAAUCACUCAAACAAUACAUGACGACAAAUUAGCUAAUCCAGCUACCGCUGAAGCCCUCGAAGGUACGGGCCACAAUUUCGUCUCGCGAUAAGAAGCCUUGACCCAGUCCACCCUUAUCAGCCUCCACCCAUCCCACUUCCACUGACGGACUGACUGUCCCCAAGUCCAACAGGCUGGCGUAGACGUAGAAACACAUCUAUGUCUGCACACACAGAAAUAGAUACAGAGAGAGAGAGACGGGUUCAUGGUCAAUGUUUCUCCCUCCUAAUAUGGUCAAAGUUUGGUGGUGGUUGACGAGGCUUCCCACUUUGACGUUGACGACUACAGGGAAUGUGCUUGCUGGUCCUGGCUGUGUCCCUCCCCGCGCUGAAGCCGCCGGCCUGCAGCAACAUCGCAGAUCCCAGCGGCUGCGAGAAGGCCUCCCGGUUACAGCUAGGGAUCUUCUUCUUCGCGCUCUAUUUGCUGGCGGUGGGCACCGGCGGCACGAAGCCGAAUAUCUCGACCAUCGGUGCAGACCAGUUCGACGAAUUCGACCCCAAGGAGAAGUCCCAUAAGCUCUCCUUCUUCAACUGGUGGAUGUUCAGCAUCUUCCUCGGCACCCUCUUCGCCAACUCCGUCCUCGUCUACAUUCAGGACAAUGUCGGCUGGACCGUGGGCUACACCCUUCCCACGGUGGGCCUCGCCAUCUCCAUCGUCAUCUUCCUCGCCGGCACCCCGUUCUACAGGCACAAGAUCCCUGCGGGGAGCCCGUUCACGAGGAUGACAAGGGUCAUCGUGGCCGCCGUGAGGAAGUCCAGAGUGCGCCUCCCCGACGACCCAAAGGAACUCCACGAGCUCGACGGGGAGACGUACGCCAAGAAGGCCAGGUUCCGAAUCGACUCUACCCCUUCACUCAGGUCGGUAGCAUCAUCUCAGUGUUCCCAUCUCUGCGAAAUCUGAUCCACCGUUUAAAAGAACCAUCUCCUGGUUGCUGGUUAUUGGUUAGGCUGUUGAACAAAGCCGCGGUGAGGACGGGGUCUACGUCGGUGUGGUCUCUGUCCACAGUGACGCAGGUGGAGGAGACGAAGCAGAUCCUCCGGAUGAUCCCAAUUCUGUUCGCGACGUUCAUACCCAGCGCCAUGCUAGCGCAGAUAAACACCCUCUUCAUCAAGCAGGGCGUGACGCUUGACAGGAGAAUGGGGCCGCACUUCAAGAUCCCCGCCGCCAGCCUGACGGCCUUCGUGACCCUGUCCAUGCUCGUCUCCGUCGUCCUCUACGACCGCUACUUCGUCGCGAUCAUGCGGCGGUGGACCGGGAACCCUAGGGGGAUCUCCCUCCUGCAGAGAAUCGGCGUCGGCUUCGUCCUGCACAUCAUCAUCAUGGCCGUGGCCUCACUGACAGAGCGCAGGAGGCUGGCGGUCGCGAGGGCCAGCGGCGUGGUGGAGACCGGCGGCCAGGUUCCCCUCACCAUCUUCGUCCUCCUGCCUCAGUUCAUCCUCAUGGGGGUUGCCGACGCCUUCCUGGAGGUGGCGAAGAUAGAGUUCUUCUACGACCAGGCCCCAGAGAGCAUGAAGAGCCUGGGGACCUCCUACGCGAUGACCACGCUCGGCGUGGGGAACUUCCUCAGUAGUAUCCUCCUCUCCAGCAUGGCGAGCCUCACCCGGCGGAACGGCCACCGGGGGUGGAUCCUCAACAACCUCAACGCCUCCCGCCUGGACUACUACUACGCCUUCUUCGCCGUCCUCAACGGCGUUAACUUCAUCUUCUUCCUCAUCGUCUGCAAGUUCUACGAGUACCGGGCGGAGACCUCCGAGUCCGCCGGCGUCCUCGCGGGAGAUCGAGGCCUGGUGAUCUUGAACGAGUGCAAGAACGGAGAGCCCGCUGGUUGA